AUGUCAGAAAAAACAUUUAUGUCAAUGAAUGAUCAGGCAAUUAUUAAAAUAGAACCACCAGAAUAUCCAGUAGAAGACAUUAAAUGCGAAAAUGAGGAUGAAUUUGAUGUCACUAUUGCUAUUGUUAAAUCUGAAUCGUUUUCUGAAGACAAUGAUACUUGUUUAGAAAGAUUUAUGAAUUCCGAGGUGACAAUUGAAGAUGAAGUCAAGCAGGAGUCUUUUGAUUGUGACAUUUGUAAUCAAUCAUUUGCAGAAUCGCAUCAUCUAACAAAACAUAUGGUCGAUCACAUGCCUAAUCAUAGCGAAAAACGUCCUUUUAAAUGUGAAAUCUGUCAAAAGACAUUCACAGUAUCAGGUCAUCUGAAGAGACACAUGCUCAUUCACAGUGGGGAGCGCCCCCAUGAAUGCAACAUAUGCAAGAAGUCAUUCAAUCAAUUAAGUACUCUAAAAAUUCACAUGCUCAUUCAUAGUGGUGAGCGUCCCCAUGAAUGCAGUAUAUGCAAAAAGACAUUCACAGUAUCAGGUCAUCUAAAGACACACAUGCUCAUUCACAGUGGUGAACGUCCCCACGAAUGCAAUAUAUGCAAGAAACAAUUCCAAGUAGUAAGUCAUCUGAAACAACACAUGUUGAUACACAGUGGUGUACGUCAGUAUGAAUGUAAUAUAUGCAAGAAACAAUUCAAACUAGCAAGUCAUCUGAAAAGACACGUCCAGAUACACAAUAGAGUACGUCCUCAUCAAUGCAACAUAUGCAAUAAGACAUUCACAAUGUUGUGCGAUCUGAAAACUCACAUGCUCAUUCAUGACAGAAAACAACCUUAUAGAUAUAGAAAGAAACAAACAUAUUUGUUAGAUUGA